AGCGAAAAUUUUGUUAUCAACACGAUCAAAAGUCAAACUAUGUUUUUAUUUAGCGGUUUUUAAAGGCCUUCAACGACUUCCUCCCACACACUUUUGAGUUACCUAUACACCGGAAACCAGGGGCUUAUUCCCGUGAUAAAAUCUUUGUAACUGCAAUCGAGCACAUGGGAAGACCCACGCAAAACACAAGCACGUGCGCUAAACAUCCUGAUCUGAUUCUUUGCGUCUCUUCUUCGGCGAAAAAAAGCACUUGAAAGGCUUCUUUAGAGAAAUGUGAUAUAUUAUGUUGACAUUUCUGUUACUGAGACCUUGUCUACGGUUUAUGCCUUUUUGAACUCCGCCAUUUUCCGCCUACGGACCUCCGGCUAUCGUUCACUCUGGAAACUUUAGGAAAAGUUAUUUUGGCAAAGCAACAAUGACAAAACAUAUGUAAGAACUUGGAAUCGAAACAAUUUUAGUUUUAUUAUGAGCAAACAAAGAUCUAAGGGUACCUCUAAAAACGGCAAGUUACUGAUUAUAUUCUGUUACCUUCCAAUUUGCGACUGAAAUAAUGGCAUUUGCUUCUAAGUUAUGAAAAUUGCCUUGUCCUUUUAAAAGCUGCUUGUCUUGCGAGGUAAGAGAAAGCGCGAAAUAAAAUGUUGCUCUUAGGUCUGACCUUUUUUUUUGUUAUAUUAUAUUGCUUAACAAACUGAAUACAUACUCCUGAGAGAGACCGCACAACAACAAUAACUUCACUAUUUAUAUUCAUUAAGCUUCAUUGCGCACUGAAGGGCCGGGAUUUUGGUUACAAUGACUCUUACGAGUCAUUUGAUCGUGAAUCCUUUGAUCCGACCUUACUCGGCGUGUUCUCACGUACACUAAAACGCCAACGCACUGAUUUAGAACGAGUAGCUUGCUCCUUUACUAAGUUCAUGCUCUCUUAUUUAGGACCGGAAAAAUUUAACUCAAAUUUCGUUGAGGGCUUCCAUUUCGUCUUCUAAAAGGCCAAACUAGACCAGUUUUGAUUUGACAAAUGUCCUUGUUAAAAAGUUGCCAAAGAUCAGUUGUCGUGGAAUUUUUUUUCUGUCAGCAUUCAUUUCAGCGAGACUUGUCGAGGAAAACGGAGCUUCUCAUGAUAUGUUUUGCUCGGUAAACAUAAAAACUAACACAAAACGUUUUGCUCUCAUUGCUCCUUAAUGGCUUUUCAGAGAGACUUGCCGGAGCUUGUCAUGUUACGCUUCGUUAUUAAAAUAUAAAUUGACAAAACUUUUCAACGUAACUUGUUUGUGCGCGUUUCGACUUAAUUUUACGCUCUUGACCUCGCGGUAAAAUCUGCCGUCGGUGGCAAAAAAAUAUGGCUUUUAUGUGGAAUUACAAGGCCAAUUAUUUAUCUGCAAAGCUUACUGAUUUCUCUAUUACAAGUCUGGGCUGCAGAUUUGUACUUCCCCUCAACGAAUUUUCAACUGUAUAUCUAAGGGUUAAUUAUAUUUCUGCAAACUUUAACACUGGAAGAACGACGAUCCAAAGACAAAUAUACGAAGCACCUUAAAUUAUUAGGAUCCAUUUCGUUCGCGCAGAAAGUUCUCAAAUAAUCAAGUGACAUUAAAAGCACCUUUGCAGAUUCCAAAACUUCCAAUUUACAGAAAUUACUUGCGAUUGCAAUUGGUAUUUUUGAAUUUUUGACCAUAUUGGUCCAUUUUCGACCAUCAUUAAUAGGCAAGAAAAUAAAUUCAUCAGAAUUAUCACUUAUGACUUAAAGUCUAACCACUUUAUUACUAAAACACAUAUAACACAUUUAAACUGAAACCAUUUAUUUCAAAACAACGGGUUUUUUGUAGGUCUGUUUAAUUUCCAUUUCUCCACCCUGUAUCAACUCCAGUAAUCUCGACAAGGGCGCCAAUUUACACCUUAAGUUCUCAAGAGGGAUUCAAAAUUUUGGCGACUUUGGCGAGUCAUUGUGUAAUUUCUUGAAAGCUUAGAUUUUAAAACAAAGAAGAAUAGCUAAAAGUAGUCUUUAUUCCGGAAACUCCACCCAAACUGUACUUUGUUUGUUUAUACGGAAAAGAACACGAUUCUUUCGUAGUACCACGGAUGUUCAAGCUCAGUUAAUCGCCUCUUUUAAAUUCUUUUAGCUAUAAAUACUAACCAAAAACUAACAAAAUCUCUGGUAUAAAAAUUGAGCAUAUAUACAUUCGCCUUGUGUUACUUGAGGACCUUGAGAAUACAAAGUUAGAUUACAGAGUUAGAUUAUGUCAAGAACUUUCGACUAACAAAGUGAAAUCAAACUCAAAAGUAAACCAUUCUAGUGACUGCCCGUGUAAAUAGCACUUAAAUGGGUUCGAUAACUUUUAGAACUUUUCGCACUGAAAGGGUUUUUACUCUUUACGAACAUAGAUAUUUGUACGUUUAUUUAGAAAAGGAAACUACAGUAAAAUGGGGAAAGAGUAUCAAAAAUCAACGGAGGAAAUCCCCUCUUGACAAAACGGAAUUAUCUGUGAUAACAACUCAUUGUUUUUAGUUGUUUAGCUUUAUUGAACGAAAAUGAAAUUCCUCCACACGAUUUUCGACGCAACUUAACACUGGAAGAAAAGAUACGUCCCAACAACAUCCCAGGGUCUCAAUUUCGCGUCUUCUUCUUGGAAGACAACAUCAAGAAGAUCCUUGGAACAGGUUGAACAUAUCUUGUAUAAUUUAUCAUGUCUUUGUCAUCAAAAUGGAAGUCGACGGGGCCAUUAUUUUGUGUUCUUAGACAAGACACUUUACUCUCACAGUGCCUCUCUAGAUUCUCCACACAGGUGUAUAAAUGGGUACCGGCGAAUUAAAUGCUGGGGCCCUGCGAUGGACUAGCAUUCCACCCAGGGGGAGUAGUUAUACUACCGGCCUCUUUAUACCACAGAAACCGGAGUUUAGCGCCGAGAGCUAGUAUGAGUCAGUUGCACUUUAAAAGGCUUUACUUUGUCAACAACAUCGGCAAAUGUGUAAGAGGUUUAAAACUGUACAUGUACGUUCCCUCCAUUUUUCAAAGUAAGAGUGUUACUGACUAAAUAAUAACUGUGCAAUUCUUGAACUAAAGAAAUAUUCUGAAGAAUAUCAAUACAAAGAGUAGUUCGUGGAUUUACAAGCAAAGGUCAUUUUGUUUUGGCUGGAAAAAAAAAAAUUUACAUACCUGUGCCAGGUUUGCGUUUGCGAGUGUUAUGAUAGAGUUUUAAACCUCGUGAGACCUGCUUUAAACAAUCGAAGAGACGUUUUCUGUUUUUUAAGUAACCAGGAUCAAAAUCAAAGACAUCAUAAGCAUUAUUGACUUGUUCUUGUCUCUCGUUGUUCUGCCCUUUUCCCACUAUUUUGCACCAAGCAGGAUAAACUCAUUUUCUUCCGGCGGAAUUAGAUCAUAUUUGUUCCAUUCUCAACCAGGACAGCCGACGCAAAAAUCUACAAGAGUCACAAAAGCGUGGAUCCUGUGUGAAGAUUAUUUGUCUUUGCAUUGAUUUUCAAGAUCAGACUGCGCAGGGUGGUCCGAGCUCAAACAGACAAAGCACAAUACGAGAUUUUAUUGUCUCUAACUUUAAUCCAAUUGUCGUGCAUAAAUAAAGGAACUCUCAUCUUCUCGAGUCCGAAUACUUUAACUAUUCUUGAAAUUAUCGUAAUUUAUUUCUGCGGGUUAUUUCGCUUUGUAAAUUGUGCGUGGAUGAAAUUUAAGAUUGAUCAUUUGAUGACAACUUUGGCGCCUCGAAAACCUCAAUCACUCGAUCCGAUAUGAUAAAGGACCAUUUAAGCGCUGAUUGUGCCAAGAGAAAACUAACUUUUCUUAAUAUUGAUUUUCAGUUGCACAUAAGUGAUGAGAGAGGUAAAAAAUAUCACAGUCCUAUAUUUCAUUGCUAUCUCUACGUGUAAGACAGUGAAAAUUUUUGUCGAUUUAACACCGCGCCUGAGGGCAGAUCUCUGUUGGGGGGUUGGAGGUGGAAAUAAAAAGGAUUCAGCUUUUCUGUAUUUCAUUUUCUACGGUUUUUAACUUGUGUCCUCGUCUUCGGUGCCGAAUUGCGUCUAUAGACUUGCUAGCUCUACAGACAUUUUAAAACGUCCUUUUGCAUUUUCGUGACCCAUUCAUUUCCCCUCCCCCCCUCCUACACCCCAUCCGUUUGGAUAUGUCAUUUCUGCAAACGACAGAAAUCUGACCAACGCUGUAAUCGAAAACAAACAAAUGUUUAAAGAGAGGGAUUAUAUCCUUCUGGUUAGUCAAAGUCUUAGGUGCUAUGACUGCUGUGGGUCUUCUGAUCUUGCCGAAAGCUCGUGUAGCUGAACCAGUUGGGUCGCGUGAACGAAAGAAAAAUAGAACUAUCUUUCAAGAAAGUAACAUUUUAAUUGCUUAAAAGAUCAGAGUUAUUCAUAAGGUCUUUAUUGUACAUUUUCCAAUUUAUACAGAUUCUUUGUGAAACCGCACCAGUAUUAAGAUUCGAUAAACCACUUUGCGGUCAUGUCGUAUUGAAAGACGAGCGGCUUGGAGGUCGGUCUUGUAUCUAUAUUUCAGUAUGCCGUUUUCUCUGUCGUUUGCUUUGAAACUACUUUGUAAGCUUUCACUGUUACGGCCAAGGUUUUCGUCAAAAAAGUACACCGCUGUCUUCUGUCUAGUCACACGAUGUAGUUUUACAAUGGUGGGCAAUGGUUUUAUCCACAGUGAAAAGUUAUUUUUAGCCAAUACAAUCAGAUCAACUAUAUUGCAGUUAAGUGAGAUAAUUAUCCUUUUAUUUACAUCAACAAACCUUGUGCACGCGAUUCUGAACAAACUUCCACGAAAUUCUCAACUGGGAAAAACAACCGAUAGGUUGUAGGACUUUGAGCCAAUUUUUGGCCCCAAAAUUGCACGUAGCAAUUUUAAGUAUCACUUAGCUGCGAUGAUGUGUAGCGGCCUUCCUUUCAGGCGAGGUCAAAUGAGGGCAGACAUUUUUGAACUUCCGAAAUGUGCGAAAGAGCUUCGCUCCUAAUUUCCUAAAGUGAUCGCUUUUUUCUUUUACCGGAUGUUUCACAUCGUAAAAGAAAGAGGGAGAGGCCCAACUCUGAAAAUAAAAAGUAAUUUAUUUUCCAGUGAUAUGUAUAGAUGAAAUUUGAGAGAAGAAAUUUUCAGGCAGAGGUGAAGCUAUCACUUUGUCAAGUGCAAAAUAUGAAUCUUUUCCUGUCGAUGACAUGACAGACGAGAAGUUGUGACUUUGCAUAAAUUAUCAUAAUUCGUUACGCGUGACGUCACAAGACUACAAUACAGGAGUACAGCAGGAAAGAUGGCUCCCCGUAGCCAAAACUGUCAUCGUAAAGCUAACAGAAUGAAGUACGAACGAUAAAACAGAGUAUGAAUACACCAGAACGGUGGUCAACUGCCUCAUCAGACAGCGAUUUGUCCUCAAUAUUCAGCUCAGGAGAAGGCAGAUGGGAAGGAUUGCGAGCUAAGGAUAUCCUCGACUUACUUCAGCAGAAAAUUGCGAUUUUGUACGGAGGCAGAGACCGUCGAGGAGGUCCUAUCAUAUCGUUUCCGGCAAGAUCUAAAGCAGCAGAAAUCGAACGUUCAUCUUUAACUCGAUUACUGGCCUAUCUUGCAAGCUUGCCGAGCGAUCAUGAACGAGAACUUGGAUUUAGUCUUGUGCUGGACAUGCGAGGCUCCACUUGGCUCUCAGCCAAGCCUAUGCUAAAAGCUUUACAGGAGUGUUUUGUAGCUAAAAUACACACUGUUUAUCUACUAAAACCUGACGGAUUUUGGGAGCGAAGCAGAGCAUCCUUUGGGAGUUCAAAGUUGCUAUUUGAGGUAUUAACAUGCCUUAUUAUCACAAAUGUAGCAUGAAACAUGUUAAGACUUCUUUGGUAAAAUGCUCAGAUCAUAACAUACCUUUCUCUAGUUUAUCUUAUUUUGUUUUAGUACCACAGGUAUUUUGACUUAGUAUCAAUGCUUUACAUAUCUCUUAAAUCAACACAUUAUUUUUUCACA